GUCAUGUGAACGGCCACAUGCUCGGGCAGAAGUGGGUCAGCGGCGCCGCGGAGGGGCAGGUGCCAGAGCCGCCCGGUGCCUCCCGGUGCUGCCCGGUGCCUCCCGGGGCCGCCGCCGCCGCCGCGUCCCGCCGCGCUCCGGGGCCGGAGCGGGGACCGGAGCCGGGACGGGGACGGGGACGGGGACGGGGACGGGGACGGGGACCGGGGCCGCCCGCUGCAGGACGCCGCUGCCCGCUCCCAUGAGCUCCCCGGCGCGCUGCUGAUCGCCGCCAGCCACGAUGCGAGCCCAAAUCGAGGUGAUCCCCUGCAAGAUCUGCGGAGACAAGUCCUCGGGGAUUCACUACGGCGUCAUCACCUGCGAAGGCUGCAAGGGUUUCUUCCGGAGGAGCCAGCAGAACAACGCCAGCUACUCCUGCUCCCGGCAGCGCAACUGCCUCAUCGACCGCACCAACCGCAACCGCUGCCAGCACUGCCGCCUGCAGAAAUGCCUGGCGCUGGGCAUGUCGCGGGACGCGGUGAAAUUCGGCCGCAUGUCCAAGAAGCAGCGGGACAGCCUCUACGCCGAGGUGCAGAAGCACCAGCAGAGCCAGGAGCAGAGCGGCGUGCCCAAGGAUGAGCCGGAGCCGCUGAGCCGCGUCUACACCACCAGCGUGAGCAGCGGCCUCUCCGACCUGGACGACAUCUCCACCCUGUCCGACGGGCUCCUCUUCGACUUCCCGCUCACCCCGGACGGCGGCAGCACCUACUACAACCUCGACCUGCUGGCCUCGGCGCAGCCCUCGCCCGACCCCUCCAGCCUGGACGUGGCCGAGGCCGCGCUCAUCAAGCAGGAGUCCAUCUACGAGCUGAUGCUGGAGCCGGCCCUCUUGGCGCACGGCGCGCUGGAGGGCAGCCAGCUGGCCGCCGAGAUCUCCGUCCUCGAGAUCGACCGAGUCGCCCAGAACGUGGUCAAGUCCCACCUGGAGACGUGCCAGUACACGACGGAGGAGCUCAAGCGGCUGGCGUGGACGCUGUACUCCCCGGAGGAGCUCCGCGCCUUGCAGAGCAAGAGCUGCGAGGCCAUGUGGCAGCAGUGCUCGCUGCAGAUCUCCAACGCCAUCCAGUACGUGGUGGAGUUCGCCAAGCGCAUCGACGGCUUCAUGGAGCUCUGCCAGAACGACCAAAUCAUCCUCCUCAAAGCCGGGUGCCUGGAGGUGCUUCUCAUCCGCAUGAUCCGCGCGUUCAACCCCUUGAACAACACCGUGCUCUUCGAGGGCAAGUACGGCGGCGUGCAGAUGUUCAAAUCGCUCGGCUGCGACGACCUCAUCAGCGCCGUCUUCGAGCUGGGGAGGAACCUGUGCAGGCUCCAGCUGUCGGACGAAGAGCUCGCCCUCUUCACAGCUGCUGUCCUACUCUCCCCGGAUCGCCCUUGGCUGACAGAGUCCAAGAAGGUGCAGAAGCUCCAGGACAAGAUCUACAUAGCCCUGCAGCACGAGAUCCAGAAGAAACACUCCGCUGAGGACAAGCUCUCAAAGAUGGUUUCCAAGCUACCCUUGAUGAAGACGAUUUGCAAUCUGCACUUGGACAAGUUGGAGUUUUUCCGGCUCCUGCAUCCGGAGACCGCUAUGAACUUCCCUCCCCUCUAUAAGGAGGUUUUCAAUUCGGAGCUUCAGUACAGCGACCCACGGGAGAGCUAAGGCUCGGGGUGGCCAGCUCCCUUCUAGUUCCCAAAGUCUGGAGAUGAACUAAACUUCAGAGGUUUGGGGCAGUUUAUUUAAAUCAAAUAAUCAAACCCAAGAGAACCUGUGGGGUCGGGGUAGCUCCCAGGCCCCGUUUCUUCGCUGUGGAUUGCAAUAGCUCUUGAAUGUAAAGCACCUUGAAGGAAAAGCAACCUGACUUUGCCAUACCAGUGAAAUGAAUGUGAAAUCUCCACUUGGGAGAGGAGAUGCUCCUGUAAGUAGUAAGGUACCGACACCUCCCCGAAGUGCAUGAACCCCGGUGGAGCAUGCAGCCCACGCUCGCGGCACGACGCACAGGGACCCGUGGCCCGCCCUCCCCGAGGUCCUGGCUCACACCGCCCAUCUCUGAUCUUUAUUUUUACACACACACAAGGCAAAAGCUUGGGAGAAGAAAGGGCAAUGCAGGCUUGUCCGGAUAGGGGCGAGCCAGACCGGUGGGGGUGGCUUUCUGCUCCCAGCUGGACCCAAGGCAGAAGCUCUGCUUCAUUCCUUCUCGCCCGGCACAGCCGGAGAUAAGACCCAGUUGCACGCUAAGGAGGGAGAUCCAGCACUGGAUCUCCUUGUGGAGGAGGAUGGUUUGAGGGGAAGGGGUCCCAAUGCAGCAGGGAGAAGCUCUGCAGGGUCUCCAUGCCCUCUGAUGAGCUCUUUGCCAAAGGUAAGUCCAGCCAAGGCUGCUCGGCCAAGCCGCCCCCUCCCUGCUCUGGCUGGCUGACCGCACCGUGUUUCGGAGCAGAUUCGGCAGGUCUGCCUGCCUCGCAUGGGUUUUUUCAGAUCUGGAGGGUUUCUCUAAGAGAGGGGCUUUGCCCUUGUGAUUGUGGCCAAAUCUCACCUCCCGGCUGCUGCCUCGAGCCGUGCUGCUGCAGCGGCUCGGGGCUCGGGAGGACGCACGCCGCUCCCUUGUGUCGUUGCAAGCAGCGGUUCUCGGGGAUCCGGGCUGUCGCACUUAGUUUUUAGAGACCUCUGAAAAUCUUUGCUGUGAUCUUGGCAUCCCGGAGUAGCUGUUGUGGCCUUUCCUCCUCCCAGCCUAGAGCCGACCCUGCCGCCGUGUUCCCUCUUCCUGCAGCGGGCUCCGCGGGGAGCUCUGUCUUCACCUCUUCUGCAGGUCGAGUUGGACCCAGGUUUUUCCCUCGAGGAGCUCUUUGGUACUGGUAUUUUGGGAUUUCCUCUAUUUAGCAGUACCUGGGGGGUAUUUUAAGGGGAAAAACUGCCUUUUGGGGCAGGGGGAAGUGGAAAGGUCCUUAUUCCUUGCCUGGGAAGUUGCGGUCUAGUCCAGACCCACUGCUCCAAGCUCGGGAGGCUCAGAAGGAGAAGCACGGAUGGUUUUGUCUGGGGAAUGAUGCCAGCUCCUUCCCCUGCUACGAUAGCCCGUGGCCAGCUGGGUCGCUCAAGGGAUUCGCCCGCCAGGCUCUGCAGAUGAUUUUUUCAGUCCCUGUUCCUGCUCCUCCUGCAACGAAUGCCAAAAGCUACAAGGGAAAAAAACCCGCUAGAAGGCAGCCCCAAUUUCUGCUGACAAAGGGCUAAAUUGCCAAGUUCUUUCCCCGCUUUGCAUUGAUUUCUCAUGCGUACAACCACAUCCUCCAGCAGCUUAGAUCAUCGCCGAGCAUAAAGCCAAAACCGUCAGCUCCCUAAUUGCACCCCGUAAACUAAACGAGCAGCUUUAUUAGCGAUGGCGGUAGAUAUUCAUGCUUUCACUUAAAAGAUCUCCUAGGGGAGAACAUGGACCAAACUCAAUCAGGGAAGACUCGCCAGGAAGCUGAUGGGAUUUCUGCGGAGAAAAGCUGAAAAAAAAACCUCGGAAUUCCGCUGUUUUCCCAGCGGCUGUGCGCUUUCUGGUUUUGUCCACCACUGUCAGAACUGCUUAUCGGAGCAUAUCAGAUUUUGGCAGCCUCCUUUCUUCCCUCGAUGUCGUCAGCCCCCGAGCCCCCGUGUCUCCCGAGAAGGCUGCUGACCGUCCCGGUGGCCCGCUGCAGUGUUGAGUGCCAAUACUUUGUUCUCCGACGCAGUGUUAGCAGGGGUGGGGAUGUGCCGAGCUUCUUUCCUCCCCGCCCCAACCUUGGAUCCUAAAGCUUUACAGAAGUGAAAAGUCAGUAUUGCCUUUUUCGUCUUGAGGGUUGUGCCUUUUUUAAAAGUCAUUUCCAACAGCACCGUUUGCUCCCUGGCUCCUCUCUCCUGGGGGAGACAGGCCUUAGGGAAAAGCACUCGAGAGAGUGAACAUGCUUUGCGGAGGGGUCUUGUCUGCCGUUUCUGCGGGACGGCGGCGAUCUCCUUCUCGGUGGAAAGAGCUGCAGGUGUUCUGAAAUGUUCGGAAAAAAAGCACACACCCUUCUUCACAUCCUCGGUAUUCGCCAGCCAACAUGCACAAUGGUACACGUCACCGUUUUCAUUUCAUCGGCAAAGACACCAAGAAAGCACCUUAAAUCGGGAAAAGACUGAGCCCUCGCCACGAGCUGCGUUUCUUUCCUGCUUACGACACAGCAUCUCUGUAAUGGGAGAGAUUUGGGAUUCUGAGCAAUAAAAGCCCGUGUGGGAAUCGAAGGGUGACUGGAAGUAUUAGACAUUGUAACCCAACCUGUUGAAUGGCAGGAACCAGCACUUUGAACUUCUCUUUAAAGGAACCGACUUGUUAGUGAGAUGAUUUCUUGGGGGGGUGUAAACUGGUUUUUCACCAGGAGUGGAGUUUGGGCCCAGGUCUGUGGUACCACCUGCCGAGAGCCGAAUGAGGGCGAGUCGUUUCAGGAGCCUGGUUACCUUCGCAGCCGCCCUGGCUGCUGGACCCUGCACGCCGAAGCCCCACAGCACUUGUGCGGGUUUCAACCCAGGCUUUCGGCUUGCCCCCAGCGCGCUUGCGCCGAGUCUCGUGGGGCCGCGGUGCCGAGGUCCCUUCCUGCACCCACGGUGAGAGCCACCGCUUUCCGGCCCCAGCGCUGCCAGGGGGGACAGGCAGCGGCAUGGUUAAGGGGAAAUCAAGUUUUUUAGGGACGCACACCCCGGAUGAACAGGUAAAAAUGUCCAAGCCUAGAGCCAGUGGGAGUUUCCCGCGCCUCCGCUCCUGCCUGGCUGCAGCGCGGUGCCCGGGACCAAAGCAGGGAGAUUUCCUUUCUCCUCUCAACCUGAGCUGCACGCGGCCCGCGGAGCUGAUACAUCGGAGCCCCGAGACCACAAACUCGUUUAGAUGCUCGGUCCUCAACGUCUCUGAGAAAUGUUUCCAUCCCACUAGACAUUUUGCCACUUUAUUUUAAAAGGUAACGAAGUAAAGGUUCCCUUUAGAGGGAUGACCUCAGCAGCGAGGGAUUGCUCUUUUCCAGAUGAAGAUUAAUUUUGUGUUCGUUUGUUUGCUAUGGCAAUUUAGCUGAGUCUGCAUUUCCACCUCCAGAACCCUCACACUGUGUAUAAAAAAAUGGAUAAAAUAUAUAUAAUAUAUAUUCUUGUGAAUGUUGGUGCAAAAGAGAAAAUAUAUAAAGUUUCAGUCGGUUUUAUGUAUUUUUUAUCUAUAUGAAUGAAAGGAAGAAAUGGAGAACAUUUUUUCCAUCUGACACCCCCUCACACACCUACCUGUAGAUACUGACAGGUUUUAUGGAAAUGUUUUACUUUUUAGACUUAGGAACAUGCUUCUGUUCUCAUUGAAUGUUCUGUCUUGUAAGAUUGUAAUUUCUAUUUUUUUAAAGAAAAGAAAAUAACUAAAUAAUAAAACUUCCUCUUUCAGACCAGUCAGCUAGGAAGGGAGGGCAGGGGAGGGAGAAAUGUUUAUUUAAGGACAAAAGCUUUGUCUGAAUUUUUCAUGACAUGAAAUAAAAAGUAAUAUAAUGUAUGGAAGAAUAACUUUUUAUUGAGGUGUAUUCUAUAGGCAUAUAGAUGUAUAUUGCACAAAAUUUACGGGAAGAAAAAUAAAGUCUGUUUUGCAAGGUAAAAAAUAA